AUGCUGGAGAGCUUGGUUGCCAAUCUGCUCAACCGCUUCCUGGGCAUCUACGUUAAGAACUUCGAUGCGAAACAGCUCAACAUCGGAAUCUGGUCGGGCGAUGUCAAAUUGAGAAAUCUCGAGCUGCGUCGGGAAGCGCUCGACCAGCUGCGCCUGCCCCUGAACGUUGUGGAGGGUCACUUGGGCGAACUCACAUUAUCGAUUCCCUGGUCGAAUUUGAGAGGAAAGCCAGUCAAGGUCGAUAUCGAAGAUGUCUUCUUGCUUGCGGCGCCCAAAGAAGAUGCGGACUAUGAUCCGAAAGAGGAAGAAAAACGCGCGCAUGCAUUGAAGAUGGACAAGAUAGAGAGUGCGGAGAUUAUCCGCGAACGCAAUGCGGAAGGGAUGAGCCAGGAGGAGCAGCGCCGGAACCAGAGCUUCACCCAGAGCAUGAUCACGGCAGUCGUGGAUAACCUGCAGAUCUCCAUCAAGAACGUGCAUUUCCGCUACGAGGACUCGAUUGCAUCGCCCGGCCAUCCGUUCGCUGUGGGAUUGACAUUGAAAGAGCUUAGUGCUGUCAGCACCGACUCCGAAUGGAACCCUACCUUUAUCCAAUCCACUUCCGAUACCACACACAAAUUGGCAAUUCUUGGCGCUCUCUCAAUAUAUUGGAACACAGAUGCGACACUUCUCGGUACCGGCCGAGGUUCUGAUAUCGGCGCCGAAGCCCAAGGAAUCAGUCACGAUGACUUGAUGUCCAAGUUACGCGAUGCGAUCGAUAAUGGCGAUGGUAACCAGUUCAUGCUUCGCCCCGUUAGUGGUCGUGCAGGGUUGGAGAUGGAUAAAUCGGGCAAAUACGAUCGCCCCGCUAUGAAAGCUCGGCUGCUGUUUGAUGAACUCGGCUUUGUUUUGGACGACAACCAGUAUCGCGACGCCCUCAUGCUGGUCGACCUGUUCCACUACUUUAUUCGCCACCAGGAGUAUAAGCGCUUCCAGCCUAAAUGUUCAGUGAAAGAGGACCCUCGCGCAUGGAUGAAAUUUGCCGGAGACGCAGUCCUCAGUAAAAUUCACGACCGGAACAGACGAUGGACUUGGGAUUAUAUCAAGGAGCGGAGAGACGACCGAAUUGCAUACAUCAACCUGUUUAAGAAAAGGAAGAGAGAAGAAGUGCUCACACCGGAGGAAACGCAGGAGAUAAACCGGAUUGAGCAGAAGCUCAGCUACGAGGAUAUUCGAUUCUGGCGAUCUCUCGCGCGCAACCAGCUACGCAAAGAAAAUAUCGGUCUUCAGAAGACUGCACAACAACAGUCAUGGUCGCAAUGGCUCUGGGGCAGCAAACCGGCCGAGUCCGAGGAAUCCGCUAUGACCGAAGAGCAGCGCCAGGAGCUUUAUAACGCAAUUGACUGGGAUGAAAAGAAAGCACUUGCUGAAAGUGUGGAUGUUCCUCGAGAAUGGGUCAAGCUUCAAGUCAACUGGAGUCUGCGGGCUGGUAGCUUUACAUUGAAGCAAGACCCCCACGGCGCAGCGAACGAGGUCAUGAAACUGGUGUUUGACAAUUUUCGGGCAAAGGCCCUGCAGCGCCCAGAUUCAUAUCUGCUGGACCUGGACCUGGGUGGGUUGAAGAUGUACGACGGUACUACGGCUGGAACUCUCUAUCGCCAGAUUGUGAAGGUCAAAGACUCCCUUCCCGAGCCUGCCAGGGAUCAGGGAAUGGAUACAGAUGACGAUGAACUCGCCUCGGAAGCUAGCGCCGAUGACCUGGUAGAUGACGAUAGCCUGUUCCAUCUGCAACUGGAGAAGAAUCCAUUGGAAAGCGACGCCGACUCCGCAGUCAAGGUCAAGUUGAAGAGUAUCGAGGUUAUAUACAACCCCCGAUUCCUUGUGGGAAUCGUCAAAUUCUUCGAACCGCCUGAAAGACACAUGGAGUCUAUCGGAGCGCUUUUGGACACCGCAGGAGCCACCGUGGAAGGUCUGCGGCAGCAAACCCGAGCAGGCUUGGAGUUUGCCCUGCAAGAGCAUAAAAAGGUUGAUGCGCAGUUCGACAUCCAUGCCCCCCUCAUCAUCGUCCCUGAAAGCAUUACGCAAGAAAGCUCUUUGUGUCUGAUUAUUGAUGCUGGUCAUGCUAGUGUCAACAGCGAGCUGGUCGAUCGACAGGCUAUGAAGGAUUUGCAAAACAAGCACAAGCGGCAGUAUGAGGAAGACGACUACAAGCAGCUUGAACAUCUGCUGUAUGAUCGAUUCCUCAUCAAACUGGACUCUACUCAAGUUCUUAUUGGACCGGGAGUGGAAGCGACCAAGGCGCAACUCACUUCCGGCGUUGAGUCCAAGAAUUUCCAUAUUAUCGACCGUAUCAAUGUCGAUUUUGUAUUGGAGAUGUGCAUUGUUCCAAAGGUGACGCAACUCACCCGGACACGCAUUUCAGGAAACCUGCCAGAACUGCAUGCAUCGAUGUCCGACACGAAGUAUAAGGGCCUGAUGAAGCUCAUCGAUAUUGCGAUUCCGCACUUCGAUGCAGGCAAGGAAGCUUCUGACGAUGUGGCGAAAGCCACAGCAGCUGCCGAAGAGGCUGCAAUCGCCACAAGAGCGAGGUCGGCGUCGUUCCACCCCCCGGCACAGCGAGACCUCCCUGUCGUCGACGAAGAUGAAGACGCAGACGCCGAAUCCGAAAGCGAUCAGACAAGAAAAAGCCUGGACUCCACCAACGAUAUCCACCGCCGAGACUUUGAGUUCAAAUUCAACGUUGGCCGUCUCCGUGGUUCGCUAUUCCGGGCGGACUCACAAGAUCCGCAAAAGGAUAAAUUGCUAGUGGAACUGGUCGCUGAAGGUUUCGGGCUCGAUUUCUAUAUGCGCCCUUAUGACAUGGUUGCAGAAGUCAUUUUAAAGUCUCUGAGUGUGGAUGACUACAUUGAAGAAAACCCUGUACCAGAAUUCAAGCGCAUCGUUUCGUCCAAAGGAUUUAAUGCGGAUGAGGACAAGGAUCUUUUCCACUUGAAGAUGGUUCGGGUGAAGCCUGAGUCUCCAGAAUUCGAGUCAACCUAUGAGGGUGUUGCCAUGAACCUCGACAUAUCUGUCUCCACUAUCAAUCUCGUCGUGACCAGAAAGACUCUGCUCACGCUCCUGGAUUUCAUCCUGCUUACAUUCACCAGCCCGCAGCAGCCUGAUGAUCACAAUCAACAGUCAGACAAGGCUUUGCCAGAGACAGUUAAUACGGAGCAACAACCCGAACAAGCUGGCAAGCUUCGUAUCAAGUCCAACUUGAAGAGUAUUGCCUUGAUUCUCAACAACGAUGGCGUCAGAUUGGCAACUCUUAGCCUUAACACUGCUGAUGUUGGCAUCUUCCUUGUCGGCCGUGCCAUGACCAUUCAAUCCCGCAUUGGCAGUUUGACCUUGGUCGACGAUGUCAACUUGGGCGCCUCAGAAGAAUCAGAUGUCCGGCGCCUCUUGACGAUUGAAGGUGACAACUUUGCAGACUUUAAAUAUGAGACUUUCAAUUCCGAUAGCGACACAUACCCUGGCUACGACUCCGAGGUCUACCUGCGGUCUGGCUCCAUGAAGAUUAAUUUCCUGGAAGAGCCCUACCGGAAAAUCAUCAACUUCCUUGUUAAGUUCGGUAAAAUGCAAGCAAUCUUUAAUGCAGCUCGCCAGGCAGCCGCAAACCAGGCAACCCAGCUCCAAGAGAACCAGUCUCGUAUGCGUCUCGAUAUUGUGGUCAAGACUCCCAUCUUGGUAUUCCCACGGGUGAUGGCCGAUGAUCAAUCCAGGGACAAUAUCACUGCUUAUCUUGGAGAGAUCUAUGCCAAGAACGAAUUUGUUCCCAUGGAUGACACAAAGGAUAGCCCCGCUGUCAAUGUGAUUUCCACUGGUGUCCGCAACAUCCGCUUAACGUCCAAAUUCCACUUUGACGAUGGCGUGGUGGAAGAGCUCGAGAUGAUACAGAAGGUGAACCUAGACUUUAGCAUCUGCCAUCUCGAGCACCAGACCAACAAUCCCCGCCCGGAUAUGGAGAUAGAGGGCUCUUUGUCUCCUAUCAACCUUCGAAUCUCGCAGAGUCAGCUCAAGUUUUUGUUGGCCUUGUCGAAAUCGAUCCCCGGCGCUUUUGUCACAGAUGCCGAGCAGCAAGAACUUGAAGCUAUGGAGUCUUUACCAUCCUCCGUGACUGAACCUACUAGAGAAGCAACUUCGAAGGCUGCCCAAACCCAGAAGGACCAGGAGGGUACGGCUACCGAUGACGACGCAGGCAAAGAAACUUGGGUACGACUUGACAUGAUCUUCAAGGUUGACAGUGUUGGUCUGGAGCUUAUCCUGGCCAGCGACAACCAACCUGUUGGUCGCUUAGAGGACUCCAGCCUGUCAAAGUUCUCUCUCAACGACACCAGAGUCAAGCUCCGCAUGCUAACUGAUGGUUCUCUGGAGUCGGAGCUUCUGAUACAUUCAUUCUCAAUCCGUGACAGCCGUCAGCAGGACAAAAACAAGUUCCGUCAUAUUCUGUCCUUGAUCAACAAUGAUGUUCAACAGCAGUUCAUGGCUAGCGUCUCCAUGUCUCCUGGACCGGAUAAGCAUCUCAUCGCCAUGUUGACAAUCGACAGCCCGCGGAUUAUGUUCGCGUUAGACUAUCUAUCCGCCUUGCAGUCUUUUAGCAAUUCUGCUUUCGCCUCGGAAGCCCCUGCAGAAAUUGUGGAAGAGGAGAGUGACUCUCCAGAGGAAUCAGAACUGGACUCUGAUGCUGCUACGUCCACUGACAAAGCUAUCACUGAAGGCUCGGCUGGAGCAUCUCCAGCCGGCACCACCACCAUUUCAUUCCGGAUCAACUUGGUGGAUGCCCAGGUUAUCAUGGUUGCAAAUCCUGCCAUCCCCCACUCUGAGGCUAUCGUGCUUGGCACCAAAGAGAUCCUCAUCUCUCAUCAAAAUGUCUCCACUCUCCAAAUCCAGAAAGUGGGCAUGUAUUUGUGCCGCAUGGAUAAGUUCGAGACUAGCCGGCUCCGUAUUCUGGAUGACUUCACAGUUGAAAUUUCGGUUGACAGCCGAGCUCAAGAAAAGGGUUCUGCUCUGACCUCGAUUGAGAUGCAUUGUGAACCCUUGGUUCUUCGCUUGUCUCUGCGUGAUAUCCUGAUGGCUAUCCAGAUUGUCAAUAAGGCCUCCGAGAUGAGAGCUUCGCAUGCUCAGCAACUUGAAGGCGGAGAGGCGAAGAGGAUCACUGAUGGCAAAACACGAGGUCGGUCUGCCAGCAAGACAUCCUCAACAGUUGCCAAUCGAACUCGGCGUCGUUUGAGCCAGACUGUGGACACGCUUGACAGAAAUGUUGUCCACCAGAGCUCGGCCGUUCUCAAGCGCGAGGAGUUGUCCGCGAAAAUUGAUGGUAUCAGAGUCAUUCUUAUUGGAGACUUGCACGACCUGCCAUUGCUCGACUGGAGCGUGAAAAAAUUCAAUUUCGAUGUGCGCGAUUGGUCAUCUACACUGAACGUUGAUACCAGCUUCGAUACCUUUGUCAACGUCUACAAUUUCUCAAAGUCGGCAUGGGAGCCAUUGAUCGAGCCUUGGCAGCUAGGUUUCCACAUGGCCAAGGAAGUGAACCCGGAUGUCUUCUCGAUUGAUGCUUAUUCCCACAAGACGAUGGAGCUUACGCUGACAUCGGCUACGAUCGCGCUUGCAUCCAAGUCCUUCCAGUUCCUCAGUGCUAGUGAGGACGUUCUCUCCAAACCAAGAGGCGCUGAUGCCCCCUACAGAAUUCGCAAUUACACUGGGUUUGAUCUUAGAGUGUGGGCCGAUGUCAGUGCAGGAGAAGAAGGACCUGCGGCUAAGCUCAGUGAUGGAGAGGAGUAUCCGUGGCGAUUUGAAGAUUCCACAGCAGUCCGUGAGACCCUGACUCCGGAAGGUCAUGGCGGUAUUGUCGGCGUCAAGCUGGAGGGAAGCGGGUUUGAUAGUAUCAACCGAAUCCCUGUUGUGCGAGAGGGCGAGGUUGUGUAUAGUCUGAAGCCGAAGCGCGAUAACGUUCUUCAUCGGCUUCUUGUGGAGGUCAAGCUUGGCGAUGACAACGUCAAGUACAUCACUUUCCGCUCACCUCUUCUUGUGGAAAACAAUACCCAGAUUCCAGUUGAACUGGGUGUAUUCAGCCCUGACGACGGUCAUCUUUUGAAGAUCGAGAAGAUCCUGCCUGGCGAUGCUCGGCCUGCACCUGUUGGAUCAGCCUUCCUUCAUUCAGUUGUCAUCCGUCCUGAUCAAGGCUUUGGUUACGACUGGUCGAAUGAGCGACUAUUCUGGAAAGAUCUCUUGAAGAGACCCACACGGACCAUCAAGUGUGUCAGCGAGGGCGGCCAGCAGUCUCCUCCGUUCUACUUCCAGGCCAAUGCCACUUUCGACAGAAAAGACUCACUUACCAGCGUGUAUCCGUAUAUGAGGGUCCGAAUCUUCGCUCCCGUGGAGAUUCAAAACCUGCUGCCUUUCGACUUCAAGUACCGCAUAUAUGACAAGAACACAAAGAAGGACUGGACGAACUUCUUGAGAAAGGGUGGCGUGAGUCCUGUUCACGUCGUGGAGCUUUCUCACCUACUCCUGCUUAGCAUUGACCUGGAGGAUACGGUCUUUCGGCAGAGCGAGUUUGCCAUUAUCAAUGGAAACGCUCAAGAUUACCGCAGAGAACAUAACUUGUCUCUGAAGGACGAACGGGGUCUCCAGUUGAAAUUGAAGCUUCAUUACUUCAACAUCCCCAACAGUGGCGGUGCCUUCAAGGUCUCUGUGUACAGCCCGUACCUCAUUCUGAACAGGACUGGGUUGCCCAUGGAUAUCCAAAGCAAGGCCUUCCUCCAGUCUGCUCGAAAUGCCGCUGGCCAAGGACUCAGAGUUGAUACGAGGGAUGGUGGUCGCGCAAUACCCUACAUGUACUCCUACAAUGCCGAAGAUCAGAAGAACCGAUCUAUUUUGAAAGUCGGCGAUUCUGCAUGGAGCAAGCCGCAGAGUUUUGAGGCUAUUGGUAGUACCUUCGAGGUCAUUUUCCCUGACAGAGAGGGUCGAUCCGAGUUCCAUUCUGGUGUAUCUGUUGCCGAAGGCGAGGGCAAGUACAAGAUGACCAAGGUCGUCACCAUCGCACCGAGAUUCAUUUUGAAGAGCAAGCUCAACGAGGAUUUGUUAGUGCGGGAGCCGGGCUCAUCCAAUGUUCUGCAGAUCAAGAGCGGAGAACUUGUUCCGUUGCACUUCCUUCGUCAAGUUGCGGAGAAACAGCUCUGUCUAUGCUUCCCUGGUGUGAAUAACCAGUGGUCUUCCCCGUUCAAUAUCGCGGAUGUCGGAACUGUACACGUGAAGUUGGCGAAGGCGAAUCAGCGCCAGAAGCUGAUCAAGGUCGAUGUUAUUCUUGAGAAUGCUACUAUCUUCCUUCACUUCAGCUUCGAGAGUCGCAACUGGCCAUUCUCGAUGCGCAACGAGGCUGAUAUAGAGUUCAUCUUUUACCAAGCCAACCCCAAUGUCGAAGAUGAUGAGGAUGACCGGUCAAGUGGCUGGCGGCCGAUUCGCUAUCGUCUACCGCCGCGGAGCAUCAUGCCUUAUGCAUGGGAUUACCCGGCAACCAAGAACAAAUCACUGGUGCUGACCUGCCAGGGUAAAGAACGGCACAUAAAGCUUGCUGAAAUCGGUAACUUGAUUCCAAUGCGGAUAGCCCCUACCAAGCCUGGCGAGUACCAGAAGAUUAUCGAUAUCAACAUCGUUGCCGACGGUCCCACUCAGACUCUUGUCUUGUCCAACUUCAAGCCAUCGAAGAGUAUGUACAAGCAGCAGAAGGGCCAGUCUUCUCAGAACAGCAUAAGCGCUGGUUUCGAAAUCAAGGAGAUGAAUUCGGAUGUCAACUUCAAAGCCCAACUUCGCCUGGGUGGUAUCGGUAUCUCUCUGAUCAAUCAAAACUUGAAGGAGCUUCUCUACAUGACAUUCCGCGAGAUUGAGAUCAAAUACCGGGAAUCAAGAAUCUAUCAGACUCUCAAUACUUCCAUCAAGUGGAUCCAAAUCGACAAUCAGUUGUACGGUGGCAUCUUUCCAAUGCUUCUGUACCCCAGUGUGGUUCCCAAGACCGGAAAGGAGAUGGAAGCACACCCUAUUUUCCAUGCAAUGGUCACUCGGGUGAAAGAUGACUCCUAUGGUGUUUUGUACAUCAAGUAUGCAACCCUACUUUUGCAGCAGAUGACACUUGAAUUGGACGAGGACUUUGUCUUUGCUCUGCUGGAUUUCGCCAAGGUUCCUGGUGCAUCGUGGUCUGAGCCUCAAGAGGGUGUGCUGUGCGACGAGGAUUUCAAUAUACCGGAGCCGCAGCAGAAUGAAGCCGGCCAGGAUGUCUACUUUGAGCUUCUUCAUUUGCAGCCCAUGCAGUUGGAUAUUUCCUUCAUGCGAACUGAACGCAUCAACGUGGAGGAUGCCAUGCAGCCGUCUAAUCCUCUGAUGUUCGUUGUCAAUGUCAUGACCAUGUCCAUGGGCAAUGUCAAUGAUGCACCAAUCCGGCUCAACGCUUUGAUGCUGGAGAACGCCCGUGUUUCCUUUGGGAGACUGGUCAGCAAUGUCCAAGCCCAUUACACCCAGGAGUUCCUGCGACAAGUCCAUAUUAUCCUUGGUUCCGCUGACUUCAUUGGAAAUCCCGUCGGUCUAUUCAACACUAUCAGCUCUGGCGUGGCAGACAUUUUCUACGAGCCAUACCAGGGUUUCGUCAUGACAGACCGCCCUCAAGAACUGGGCUAUGGUAUUGCAAAGGGUGCCGGGAGCUUCUUCAAAAAGUCUGUGUUCGGAUUCUCGGACAGCAUGGCAAAGUUUACUGGAAGUAUGUCCAAGGGUCUUGCUGCCGCUACUCUUGACAAGGAGUUCCAGGAUCAGCGCCGGAUGUCCAAGUCACGCAACCGCCCGAAACAUGCAUUGUACGGCAUUACAGCUGGAGGCAAUGCAUUUGCAAACAGCUUGGCUAGCGGAAUCGGUGGCUUGGCUCGCCAUCCCCUGCAAGGUGCGGAGAAAGAAGGCGUGGCAGGAUUCAUCAAGGGUGUGGGCAAGGGUUUCCUGGGUCUGGCAACCAAGCCCGCAAUUGGUGCCUUUGAUCUUGCCUCCAACCUUGCAGAAGGCGUCCGCAACACAACCACCGUAUUCGAUGCUGACGGUCUCGACCGUGUCCGGUUGACUCGUUUCAUCGGGACUGACGGCAUUGUCCGCCCGUACUCACAGCGCGAAGCCCUCGGCCAAUUCUGGCUCAAGACAACCGACGACGGCAAGUACUUCAACGAAGAUUACAUUGCGCAUCUGGAGCUCCCUGGGAGAGACAUGCUGGUCAUGUUGACGUACGCGCGUAUCAUGCUUGUGCGCACCAAGAAGCUCAACACCGAGUGGGACAUCCGUCUGACAGACAUCCAAACCAUCUCCAAGGAGCGUACGGGUAUGAGCAUCACGCUCAAAGGGGGUGCAAAUGGACCUUUCAUUCCAGUCCAGGAUGAGAGUUCCAGGAACUGGCUGUAUAGACAAAUUGCUGUUGCGGUUAAUGCCUUCAAUGAGAAGUAUAAUCGAGGAUAG